AUGAAGUGUAUAGGUAGCAUUAAUAAAGAUAAAGACGAAAUCAAUCGAGCCGAUUAUUAUUAUUUGCCGCAUUCAUACGUACUAAAUGAUAAUAGCCACAGCACUCGUUUACGUGUUGUAUUCAACGGUACGUCAAAGACUAAUAAUGGCUUAUCGCUGAAUUGUAUUUUAAUGAACGGUCCAAAAAUACAGUCUGACCUACUAAAUAUUGUUGUACGUUUUCGUACACAAAAAUAUGUAUUUUCAGCUGGCAUUUCAAAACUGUAUAGACAAAUAUUAAUACAUGAUGAUGAUCAUAAUUAUCAACGUAUAUUAUGGCGUUCAAAUCAAUCAGAUGAAAUAAAUAUUUAUAAAUUGUGUAUUAUGACAUAUGGACUCGUACAUCCGGUUUUUCUAGCUAUUGGUUGUAUUAACCGCAUAUCUGAAGAAGUCAAUGCUUUACAGUUAAAAGAAGUAUUAAAAAUGAUGUUGUGUAGACGAUUGUUUAACAGGAGCAAAUAG